UGCCGGAGCGCCCGGGGGAGCGGGCGCUGCUCGGGGAGCGCAGCCCCGCGGGAUGGAGCCCGCAGACAUCACGCUGAAGCUGCUGCUGGUCGGAGACAGCGCCGUGGGCAAGUCCAGCCUCCUGCGGAGGGUCACGGACGGCACCUUUGAGCCGCGCCUGAAACCCACCGUCGGUAUUGAUUUUAAAGUGAAGAAAAUGGUGGUGCAGGGCCGUGCAGUACAGCUGGCCAUAUGGGAUACAGCAGGACAGGAGCGUUUCAGAGCACUCACUCCCAGUUACUACCGAGCAGCUCAAGGGGUUGUUUUAGUGUAUGAUGUUACAAGAAAAGACACUUUCACAGGACUAGGAGGAUGGCUGAAGGAGCUGGAAAUGCACACCACCAACAGCAACAUUGUGAAGAUGUUGGUUGGCAAUAAAAUUGAUAAGCCUGACCGUGAAGUAGAGAGGAAGGAAGGGCUCCAGUUUGCCAGGAAACACUCACUGCUUUUUAUAGAGACCAGUGCCAAGACACAGGAUGGAGUGCAAUUUGCCUUUGAGGAACUGGUCAUAAAGAUCCUGCAGACUCCAGCUCUUGGGGAUGAGAGCACAGAGAAGAAGGGAGUCCAGCUCAUGGAAUCUUCAGCACAGCAGAAUAAAGGGUUUUGUGGUGCCUCCUGUGCACUUAUUUAAAUGUGCAGGUGGCUGUUCUGUCUGACUAAAGGACUUGAAAAAAAAAAGGGGUGGGGAUGGGAUUCCAAGCACCAAUCUGUGCCAUGUUUGAUGUGCAUCAGUUGUGCAGAUCCAAAACACGAACUCAUUAGCAAAAUACUUUUUUAUUCCUUGACAAAAACCACUUUCUCCUUCCCUUUUGCACAGCUGCUGUCUGCAGAUAUUUUUCUGGUAGCUCUCAGAUUUUUCAUUAUUAAAUCAUAGUGCUGCUUAAGAGUAUUGUGCUCUUGCUGUCCAUUCAACAUGGACUUUUGCUGGAAUUCCUGCCUUAAUAAGGCAUAAAUAAGGUGGUGUUUAGUUCUGGAAUGUUACUAAGAAACUUCUCUUCCCUGGGAAGGUAUGGGAGUCUUUUCAGGCACCCAAAUUUCCUUAAUGCAGUUACUCACCAGGAGUAACUCACCCUGACAGCAUAGUUUCCUGAUUUUGGAUGCUUUUUAAAAGUCAAAAUUGCUCCAUGUCCCCGGACAGUAAACUGAGUUACCAGAUAAUUUUAGGGUUAUCAGGAAGAGGAUGAAUCUUUUAACACUUGUCAGGAAACCCCUCCUCCUUCCCUGCAGCUGCCCCUGUGCUGCUCUCUUUGCACUGAGGAUCAGGGAUGGAAUGCACUCCUCAUUUCACUCAUUUUGGGCUGCCUCACACCAUGGCUGUGGUUUUGCAGUCACUGGUUCUCUGCAAACCCUCCUCCUCUUCCAGCAACCACAGUGACAAAUUUCAUUUUCUAUUUAACAGAAAAUGUGCUGCCUAUGGGACUUUCCAGUAGGCUGAGUGUGUCUGUCACCAAUCCCACGAUGAAGUUACCUUUCUGUCUUUUACACUUUCAAUGGCAAUACUGUAUUUUGUUAACUUACAUUAAAAUAACUGAAAAUUUAAGGUGUAACUUGUGCCUUGCUUGUUCAUGCUAUGUUAGAUCACAAAGUAAACAUAGCUUUAUUUACUGCUGGUCAUUUGAAAUAUUUUAAGAUGUUAUGAUAACAACCUUGCUUUAAAUAAAUUCUGACCCUUAGCUUUUUAACUUAAAUCUGAAUCUUCUAAAUAUUUAUAUGUCUUGCAGACUAUAAAAAUCUGUUUGUAACCUGAAAUACAGACCUAGGGUGAGAUCAGUCUGGCCAUUUCUUAUUUUCAUAAAAGGACUUAGUUUGAAAUGCUGUUACUGAAAUAGUUUUUAAAAAUAUUUCACUCAGUUUUUCAUAGGAUCAAGGUCCAUCUGUCACAAAUUGCCUCUCUAAGAAGCCAAAUCCCUUUUGGUGACUGUGCUUUCCCAUGGCUGCAGAGCUGACACCCCAGUGCAUGUGGAGGAGUCCUUGUGCAUUUGCUGCAGGCUGCAGCACUGACAAUGCAGGGACCUGACUGGGAAAAGUUCUUGUUUUUGGAGCAGUAGGAACAGAACCUCAAUGCCCAAAAGGACCACACAUGAAAGUUGCCAUUUGGAGAAGAUGGAUGGGGGAUGACUCUUCCACACAUUUUGGGCUUUACAUAAUGUAGAUUCAGUGACACUGGUAUGUAAGAAAUGUACUUUUAAUAUGCAACUUUCAGUUCUGCUAAAUGUCAUGGAACAAGAGUAACAUUAUACUAUCAAGAGAGAAGGAACAAGACUGGUACACCAAAAGGUCUUGUUUAAAGGGCACAAUACACAGGAAAUAACAGACCUCAGCAGGCAGUGAAAACAGGAAAUAGUUGCAGCUCCCAUGCACCUGUACAAUGCUCUCUCCUUGAAUCCCCCAGUAUAAAGCACAGCUACUUCCAGAAUCAUCUCUGCAUCUUCCUCAGCCCCACUGAAAACUCCUGUAUAUUCAAGUCUCCUCAAACAUAUACAAGUUCUUCUAACAGUUUUCUUCUUCAGUCAGUUCUGGAAACCUUUACCAGAUUUGGAGCAGAAGUCAUAAAUGCUGGAAGGAUGAUGAUUUUGACCUGUAGCUCCUCCUUUCAGUGCCCUUUUUAGAGCUGUUCCAUUGGUGUCAAGGCUGUGUCCCACCAAGUAGCACAGGCAAAGAUGUUUUGCAGAAACAAAGCUUCUUAACCAUCCUAUUUUCAAGCCAUAUGCAGUUGUUUUCAUGUACACUAUAAAAAUGUAUGUUUUAUGAGUUGGCAGUCAUACAGGUACACUCAGGUUGUUCAGCAUUUGUGACUGGGAAAGUGGGCAUAACCUGUGACCUGUGCAACACAGCUUGGAGCACUGGGAAAUGUGAUGGACAUAAAAAAAACCCUUCUAUAGCUGGACUAGUUUUUAGUGCCUAAGAGGAUUUGCAGUUAAUGCUUCUGUGUGAGGGAAAGCAGGUUUUGCUGGGCAGCCAGUAACUGCCAUGGUGUAACCAAUCUCCAAAGAACACUUCUCACCCAGCUGAAGGAGCUUGUUCCCAAGGGGGUGCUUUAUUCUGAGCUUUUAACUCUAGCCACAAAAUCUGCGGUUAGAAUUGUGGCCAAAGGACAAACCUUCCAUCUUGUCAGUGUCUCAGCAAAAAAUGCACUACUUCCAGUCUAAGGAUCAACAAAAGACUGGACUGGCUUAUUUAGUCUGAGUAUUGACUUCUAAAUGACAACUGCUAUUCAAAAUUUUCACUCAGAAAGGCAGUGUCAGCUUGUGACUUUGGUCUUUCCUCAUACAGUCUUUAUUUAUUUAUUGCCUUCUAGGUAAGACCAGCAGUUUUGAAGCAAAUUCAACGUAUUUCCUUUUCUAAUUCAGGUAUUUACAGAACAUUUUUAUACAGUCUUUCCCUUAAAUAUGGU